UAGUUUACUGAGAGUUUUAGAACCAAUUCUUUGUAAAAUCAAUCCCUAAAACUUUAUCAGCACGUUGUAUUUUACUGCGAGAAAAAAUGCGAUGACGUAAAGUUCCGGCGGCUGCGUAGCAGAAGACACCGUAUAAGGUGUAAAAAAUUGUGAAACUAGAUGGGUAGAAAGAGCAAGAGAGGUGGAGGAGUGAAGACGGGGCCUCCAGUUAAAGGGGAAGAAAAAGAAACUGAUGUGCCUCCCACUUUAUCCAAGUCAGCAAAACGGGAAGUGACAGAACUGGUGACCCAGCUGUUGGAAAUUUGUUCCAAACCCCCAGCUUCAGGAGCCAAAGAACUAGAAGACUAUCCUGAGAUUCAUGGAUUGGUGGAAAAGAUUCGCAAAAUCCAAUCAAGUGUUAAUAGCCCACCACAGAACAGGGAGGAAUUGUUUCCAGCUUUUCUUGAGUGGCUUCACAAGAAUGGGGUGGAUACAUCAGCUGUAGAGAUUGCCUCUUUCCCAGGUUUUGGAUAUGGUCUCAAAACCACCAAAGAUAUCAAGGAGGCAGAUCUGCUUUUAAAAAUUCCAAGAAAGUUGAUGCUGACUGUUGAUUCAGCCAAAAUGUCUGUUCUGGGAGAACUGAUAAGUGAGGACAAGAUACUACAGGUUAUGCCUAAUGUUACUUUGGCCAUGCAUCUGUUGAUUGAGUUCAAAGUGGCUGAUUCUUUCUGGAAGCCCUACUUGGCUAUUCUACCACACACUUACAACACCCCGCUCUACUUAACACCUGAGGAGCUGCAGCACCUGAAGGGAUCACCGACACUAGGAAAUUCCAUUACCCAAUAUCGCAGCAUUGCCCGGCAAUAUGCCUACUUUUACAGACUCUUGCAAAAACAUCCUGCAGCAGCCAAACUACCAAUUAAGGAUAACUUCACUUUUGAUGACUACAGGUGGGCUGUUUCAACAGUAAUGACACGACAAAAUCUUAUACCUGGAAAAGAUGGUGAAAAGCAAACGUUUGGCCUCAUUCCACUUUGGGAUAUGUGCAACCAUUCGAAUGGCAUCUACACAUCCGAUUUUGACAUCGAAAAUGAUUGCAGCUUGUGUUAUGCACAACAGGACUGUUCUGCUGGGGAUCAGCUUUUUAUGUUUUAUGGUCCUCGUUCCAAUGGCGAGUUCUUUGUACACAAUGGCUUUGUGUAUGCUGAAAAUGACCAUGACAGAUUAAGCUUGAAACUUGGCAUAAGUAAGGGUGAUCCUUUAUUUGAAGCCAAAUCAGAACUUCUGGCCAAACUCAAUCUGUCAGCAUCUCGGUCCUACUUUUUGCACUGCGGUGACUAUCCAGUUGAUGGCGAGCUUUUAGCAUUUCUACGUGUCUUUUGUAUGGAUGAGGACACACUGAGGGCAGAGGAAAAGAAAGAAAAUCAUGAAAAUUUAAUGGAACUGGAAACUCCAUUGUCUCAAGACAAUGAAGAAAAAGUCUGGAACUUUCUGGAAACAAGGGCUGCCUUGUUACUGAAAUCUUACCCUAGUACUGUUCAGGAGGAUGAAAUCCAGCUAAUGCAGACAGACCUGCCUACAACACUUCAAAUGAUGCUGAAGCUUAGAAUAGGAGAAAAACGGAUCUUGCAACAAACAGCCAGCUUUACAUCUCAGCGCAAACACAUGAUGAAAGAGAGAAGUGGGCAAAUAAAUAGUUAAAUUUGGUUUCACCUCUGAUCUGACAAACCAUUGAAACAGUGAUGGGUAGGUUACUAUAAGCAGUUGAAAGUGCUCCAAUCAUACAGAAACAUCCAUGAUUGUGAACAUUGUGUGAUAUACUGAAACUGCCAUGCAUUUUAAAUGCAAACUGAAACUGAAGGUAAUUUUGAUGAGAGCAUUGUGUGCUGAUUAUAAAUCCUUCUCAGCCUUCUGAGUAACCUUUUUUUUUUUUUUUGUGGAUCCAAAAAGACUUUUAAAUUACUUUUACUUAUUAUUUGUUAAUUUAUGUUCAUUGUACUUCAUUAGUGGCCUUUGUUUCUUACUUAAACUAUCUUGUAUUCAUUUCUUGCAAGAUUCUUUUAUUAUUGCUCUCAUGGGAUGAAGAAAUAAAGCUUUCAUUUUUCUUAAAAACUGUUUUAAAAUAUCUCCUGCAAAAGCUUCAUAUCCUUUAUCUCAUGAAGACCUUUUUUGUUGUUUUAUUGUGCCUGCAUCUUAAUUUGGUAAUGUUAAGAUUUGUAGAAGUAUUUGUUUCUUCAGUGUGUUCACCCAGAAAUUUUGUGAUUUCAUUUUUUUAAACAUUUAAAAUGCUUUUGAAACAUAACAUAAAAUUUCAUGUUUUGACCAGACUUUACUUUCCAUGCCAUCAUAUAAAUCUGGUAGAAAAUAAAAUUUAAACCCAUUAAAGCAAACAAUUUCAAUGAUCUUGAGAGAAGAAUCAACAUCAAUUCCAAAACACCAAAGGAAUAUUAAAGUUAAAAUAAUUUAUUAUUCAACACUAUAUAAGUGAAUAAAAACUAUGUGAAA